AUGACGACCUCCUGCUGCAUCGCCAACAGCUCCUCGGCCUCUGCCAAGAGCUGCCCCCGGCCUUCCUCCGUCUGCUUCAGCAACGUGAGCCGCCGGCCUGAGCUGUGCCUGGGCUACGUGUACCAGCCCACGACAUCCAUGUCUUCCAUCUGCUUGCCCACCACCUACCAGCCAGCCAGCUGCUUCCCCAAGAGCCGCCUGCCCAGCUCCUGCCGGCUCAGCAGCCACCGAGCGGCCAGCUGCGUCUCCAGCCCCGUCUAUGGCUGCUACUUCGAAGGCUCCUUCAAUGGCAGCGAGCGGGAGACCAUGCAGCUCCUGAACGACCGCCUGGCCAGCUACCUGGAGAAGGUGCGGCAGCUGGAGCGCGAGAACGCAGCCCUGGAGGGCAAGAUCCAGGAGGCCUUGCAGACCCAGGUGGUCACCGCGGGGCCCAACUACCAGUCUUAUUUCAGGACCAUCGAGGAGCUCCAGCAGAAGGCUCUGUUCACCAAGGCGGAGAACGCCAGGAUGGUGGUGCACAUUGACAACGCCAAGCUGGCUGCCGACGACUUCCGGACCAAGUAUGAGUCGGAGGUGUCCCUGCGGCAGCUGGUGGAGGGAGACAUCAACGGCCUGCGCAGGGUCCUGGACGAUCUGACCCUGUGCAAGUCAGACCUGGAGGCGCAGGUGGAGUCCCUGAAGGAGGAGCUGCUCUGCCUCAAGAAGAACCACGAGGAGGAAGUCAACACCCUCCGAUGCCAACUCGGGGACCGCCUUAACAUCGAGGUGGACGCCGCGCCCCCUGUGGACCUGACCAAGAUACUGGAGGAGAUGCGGUGUCAGUACGAGACGGUGGUGCAGAGCAACCUCAGGGACGUGGAGGAAUGGUUCAACACGCAGAUGGAGGAGCUUAACCAGCAGGUGACCACAAGCUCCGGGCAGCUUCAGAGCUACCAGUCGGACAUCAUUGACCUACGCCGCACGGUCAACGCGCUAGAGAUUGAGCUGCAGGCCCAGCACAGCCUGAGAGACUCCCUGGAAAACACGCUGACAGAGACGGAGGCCCGCUACGGCUCCCAGCUGACCCAGAUGCAGGGACUCAUCAACAACGUGGAGUCGCAGCUGGGUGAGAUCCGGGCGGACCUGGAGCGGCAGAACCAGGAGUACCAUGUGCUGCUGGAUGUCAAGGCCCGGCUGGAGUCGGAGAUCAGCACGUACCGGAGCCUGCUGGAGAGCGAGGACUGCAAGACGCCCUGUAAUCCAUGCGCAGCUUCCUCCGUGCCCCCUUGUGUGCCUUCUCCCUCGGUGCCCCGCACCAUCUACGUGCCUUGCACGCCCUGUCCCCAGGGCUGCCACUGAAGUCCCUCUGCGCUG